CGGCAGAGAGAGGGAGGUAUAACAGGAGAGGCAUCUCCUCCUCCUAAUCCCUCCUCACUGUGUGUGAUCUCAGCCCAGUCUCUCCUUUUCCAUCUUCGAGAACCAUUUCCAUGAAAAGCAGAGAAUAAAAUGACACCCUGCCUCCGUGUGCCAAGGCUAGUCCCUUCUUCCUUCUCCCUCCUAUCCCCUCCCUCAUUCUGUGUGUGAUCACCAUCGCCCUGCAGGAACGGUGCCCAUAGCAGAGACAUCCCCGCUGCUGCCGCUGAGGAGGAUGUUCUGCUAACAAACCAAGGAGUCCCAGGAUCGACCCUGUUCUAUCAUCGAUUGUCCUACAUAUCAGCAAUCCGGAAUGUGAGCCACACAUGGAGCACAACAGAAACUAAGGGGAGCAGCUCCUGCUGGGAAUACUCUCUCUAUUUGUCCUCAUUUUAUGGUUUCUGGGGCACCGGCUGUUUCCUAGGAUAUUAAUGCUGGAUGAAGAAGGUUUCAUGUCCUAGAGGGAGAAGUACCUGACACAGUGAGACAUGAAGAGUUGGCAGUGUGCUGGGGUCUUCCUUCUGUCCCUGCUGCUGGAGUGCACAGAUGCCAAAAAACACUGCUGGUACUUUGAAGGAUUAUAUCCUACAUAUUACAUAUGUCGAGCAUAUGAGGACUGUUGUGGAUCCAGAUGUUGUGUACGGGCCCUCUCUAUUCAGCGGCUAUGGUAUUUCUGGUUCCUGCUGAUGAUGGCAGUCCUGUUUUGCUGUGGAGCUGGAUUCUUCAUUAGAAGGAGAAUGUACCCACCUUUGCUUGUUGAAGAACCAACAUUUAAUGUAUCAUACACAAGGCAAACUCCUGGGCCUCCACCAGGACCGCAGCAGCCAGGAAUGCCAUAUUACUCUGAUCCAGGAGGAAAUCCAGCCACUCCAUCAUUUCAUAUGCAGCCGAACUCCCCACAAGGAAAUCCAGCGUUCCCGCCGCCCCCGUCCUACUACAACACACCUCCGCCCCCCUAUGAGCAAGUGGUAAAAUCUUGCAAAUGAAGCAAUUCAGCACUUGACAAUUUUUGUCUUGAAUCUGACUCUACGUCUCUGCGUCACCAUGUGGAAGUCUCGCCCUUGGUAUGAUACCUGCUUCAUUGGCAUCAGAGCAUUGUCAGGCCAGACAAAUGGAACAGAUCUUGCUGGGAAAUAGUUGCAGUCCUGACAGUUUUCCAAGUAACCGUUUAUGUCACCUUCUCAGCACUAGCAUGGGGAUUGAAGAAUAUAAGCACUCCUCCAGAGCUGAAAAGCUUUUUUUUUUUCUUUUUUAAUUUAUGUUUUUGUUUUUAAACACAUUGAUAGUCUGUAGCUAAUUCAUUGUAUCUAUGCUGGUGAUGUACAGUACACAUGGUUGCCUAUUAUUCCUGAGAGUGCUAGCAGAUUGUGCAGUAUCUACAAUAAACGGCAUGCUCUUCAUGGAAAUCA